AUGAUGAGGAUCAUGUUACUUUUCCUACUUUGUGCCAAGCUGCUGUGGAUCAGUGCCUGUGUCAGGGGUGAUCGCGAGGAGUUGCACACUUUGAAGCGAGUACGACAAGCAGCUAGCUCCAGCUCAGCAGGAGCAAAGAGUGCUCCUAGUGCUCCUUCCGGAAGUGCUACCGAUGCAAACCCCAAGAAAAAAUUGCGAAGCAAGCUUACAGAGACAUUUUUGUCCAACAAGUUAUCAGCGAAAGACGUUUUUGAGUUGGCAGAAGGAGCUACUUCAGAGGCCAAACAUCAAUCCGCCACAUCUUCAGUCGCAGAUUUUGCAGAAGCAGGAGCAGGAGGGCGUCAUCCCGGCAAUUUCGCCAGAGAUAUCCUGGCCAAGUUGGUUCGUGAGAGUGCCCACGAGCUCUUUUGGCACAUGGUUCCUUUCCAGGACCCCGACACCAAGGCAAGGGUCGAGUGGGAGCACCCAUUCUUGUUGCCGCACGAGCUGAUCGAUGGCAUGAUCCGGGGCAAUGGGUUAGAUUUUUUUAAGAUGCCUACAGGAGCUGCUGCAUCAAAGCUCCUUGCGAGUGCAUGCGGGAAGCUCGGCUUACAAGUGGCAGAGACCAUUGCACUGGGUUUGCAUGGGGAUGGGGUGCCAUACACAAAGAAAGAAAGCUUGGAAAUCAUCAGCUUCAACUUCCUCGCGAUGCCCUCCGGAGAUCGUGUGCCCUGCACGGCAGUAUCCAAGAAGUUCGCAACGGCUGAAACCUGGACCGUCAUCAUGAACAUUAUUUCUUGGAGUUUGCGUAUGCUUUUUAUGGGUGCUGUGAGCACUAAACUUCCCGACGGCUCUGGGUGGCUAAGCAGGGAGAAGCGAAAAUACUUCCGAAAGCACGGUGAUCAGUUGGCAGGGCGUGCUUUGUUAUUGCAGGUACGUGGGGAUUGGCCGUUCCUUCGGCAGUUGUUCCAAUUUCCAAGCUGGAGCUCGGAGUCGAUUUGUUGGAAGUGCCGUGCCAUGAAUGUGGACACGAGUAAUCUCCUGAGCUUCCGGAUCUGCAAUUCUGGAGCAGCGUGGAGGCGGAAUCGACUGUCUGAUGUUGAUUUCCUGACCGAGCUGCGUGCAGCAGGAGGUUCCCUGUCACCUCUUUUAAGCCUGCCCGGCUUCGUGCUGAGCUGUGUCGUCCUGGACUGGCUACACAUCGUUGACCUGGGUGUCGGUGCCGAUGUCAUAGGCAAUUUGUUCUGGCUCCUGAUCACAUCAAAUGUCUACUUUCCAGGAAGUAACAAGGAGCAGCGUUUGGUACGGCUAUGGCAGCGAAUCAGGGAUUUUUAUAGACAAUUUCGCCCUCCUAGUGUUCUGGACAAUCUCACCCUGGAGAUGAUUCGCCGAGAAGGGGCCAGCAAGAAACCCAAGCUUAAGGCGAAGGGAGGCGAAUGUCGUUACCUCGUACCAUUUGCUUUCGAGAUUUCCCGUGAGUUCAUGCAGACGUACCCUGAAGAUGGCACCAUGCGUUUGGUUGCAGGUCUGUUCGCUUUGCUAUUUCAAUUGCAAAAGCGUAUCUCUGCCGUGGACGAGGUUUUCGAUCACGAGAAGGCUGCUGAAGAAUGCCGUCGCUUUUGCGUACUUUACCAAACUCUUCAAGAACAGUCACCCUUCCCGUUUUGGCAGAUGAAACCAAAGGUGCAUUUAAUGGAAGAAAUGCUUGAAUACCAGACGGAGCAGCAUGGAAACCCCAGGGACUAUUGGACCUAUCGCGACGAGAGCUGGUGCGGGUAUUGGGCCAAAGCUUCCAAGAGACGAGGCGGUAAGAACACCUCCUCCACCAAUGCAAAGAAUUUCUUGCUGCGGUUUUUGGCCUCGGAUGCUCUCGACGGAGAAGCUCUGUAA